GUCCCCUUGACGUGAUGACGCAGGGCGGCCACUGCGGAUCCCGAUUGCUGCAGCCGCUUGUCAGUGUGAUGGAGAUUGGCACCAGGUGAUUUGCUGCUACCUGCCCAUAUAAUGGUUCAGUGUUGGCUGUGGAUAAAGUGAACAUGAUGGCAGCCCAGCCUGUGUCAUUAGACAAGUACCAGGAGGGAGUGCAACAAAUGCAGGGAAUGGAGCAGACUGAUGGUGAUCCAGAAAAGAGUUUUGCAGACUCGAGAAUCUGCAGCCCUGCUCUCACUAAGCCUCAGACUCCAAUGGACACAGACAAAGCCUCCAUAUACAGGCAUCCCCUCUUUCCUCUCCUGGCACUGCUGUUCGAGAAGUGUGAGCAGUCUACUCAGGGUCCGGAAUGUGUGUCGUCAGCAAGCUUUGAUGUUGAUAUAGAGAAUUUUGUUCGCAGCCAGGAGAAAGACAGCAAGACUUUUUUUAGUGAAGACCCUGAGCUGGACAAUCUGAUGGUAAAGGCCAUUCAGGUGCUGCGGAUUCACCUGCUGGAGCUGGAGAAGGUGAGCGACCUGUGUAAGGACUUCUGUAGCCGCUACAUCUCCUGCCUCAAGUCUAAGAUGAACAGCGAGACUCUGCUGAGCGUAGAGCCAGGCAGUCCAUAUUCUAACAUACAGACACAGACACCCAGCUUCUCCAGCACAAUGAGUCCCCAGGGCAUUGUGGUCCCUGCCUCAGCUCUGCAACACGGCAGCGUUACUAUGACAACAGCAAAUACACAACAGGUGCUAGCAGGUCCUCCAGGCAGUACAGUUUAUCAGCCAGUGACUGUACUCACACCAGAAGGUCAUGUGGUGACACAGGGACUCUCACCAAGCACCUUACGCUUUCAGAACUCCCAGCAGCUACAGCUGCAGCUGAAUCAGGAUUUGAGUUUCUUCAGCGCUGACGAAAGCUCAUCUAAAAACAAGCGCGGUGUUCUCCCCAAACAUGCCACCAACGUCAUGCGCUCCUGGCUCUUCCAGCACAUCGGGCACCCGUAUCCUACAGAAGAGGAGAAGAAACAGAUUGCUUCUCAAACCAAUCUGACUUUACUCCAGGUUAACAACUGGUUCAUUAAUGCACGGAGGCGGAUCCUGCAGCCCAUGCUGGAUGCCAGCUCUGCUGAGACACCAAAAACCAAGAAGAAGACUCCACAGAACCGCCCCCUUCAACGCUUCUGGCCUGACACCAUUGCCUCCUCCUUAUCACAGCAACAGCUCACCAUGGCAGAUGGUACCAUGGUUACGGUGGGGAUGAGCAUAGAUGGCUUCCAGACUCUUUCAGCAGAUGGCGCGAUCCUUGCCGUGCAGCAAGUCAUGAUGGGUGAUCAGAGUGAAGAAGAAACAAACGAGAGUGGAGACGAGGACGACACACACCUGUCCUCGGCUAGUAUGACCGCUCUGGGCCUGGAUCCCAGCGACUAAGACACACACACACACAUGUAAACUUGCACACAGAGACUUGCACAAAUAUUCAAGCCAUUAAGUUAACCAGCACUACAAA